AUGUCGCUCGUGUCCGGCGAGAAGACGAACUUCCAGUACAUUCUGCGUCUCCUUAACACCAAUGUUGAGGGUAAGCAGAAGAUCAUGUACGCCCUGACCCAGAUCAAGGGUGUCGGUCGCCGCUACUCCAACCUGGUCUGCAAGAAGGCCGAUGUCGACCUCAGCAAGCGUGCUGGUGAACUCACCACCGAAGAGCUUGAGCGCAUCGUCACCAUCCUCCAGACCCCCACCCAGUACAAGAUCCCCGCGUGGUUCCUGAACAGACAGCGCGACAUCACCGAUGGCAAGGACUCCCAGGUUGUUUCCAACGGUCUUGACAGCAAGCUGCGUGAGGACCUCGAGCGUCUGAAGAAGAUCCGCUCCCACCGCGGUCUCCGUCACUACUGGGGCCUGCGUGUCCGUGGUCAGCACACCAAGACCACUGGCCGCCGCGGUCGCACCGUCGGUGUCAGCAAGAAGAAGGGCUAA